AUGGUAUCACUCCGGCAAUGCUUCAUCUAUGGCAUGAUAUUUGCCUCUGGAACCCUAAUCGGAUACGACUCUGGUUAUCUUAAUGGUGUUCUUGGAUCUGUCGACUUCCAGCGUCGCUAUGGAUAUUAUAGCGAAAGUGCCGGCUGGUCUCUAGCACCCAGCACUCGGUCUAUCUUUACGUCUCUCCUUGUUGUCGGAACCCUGCUGGGUUCGGUCUCUGCCUCUUUUGCUGGUGAAAUUGUUGGCCGCAAGGGUAGUUUGAUAUUUGCUGCUGGGAUAUAUGCUGUGGGCGUGUCUCUCCAGGUCGCUGGUCCACCAUUUGGAGUGUUCGUUCUGGGUCGUAUUUUUCUUGGAAUGGGACUUGGGCUUAUUUCCGUUGUUUCUCCUAUGUACCUGGUAGAGAGCUCCAAGUCAACCACGAGAGGACCAUUCAUCGCUGUCUACACACAACUAUUAACGAGUGGCAAUGUUCUCGCGUGUGGCAUCAGCCUUGCGACGAGGAAUCUUGAGGGUGCUAAUAGCUGGCGCAUCACUGUCGGUUUUCAACUUUUCCUCGCCCUCAUCAUCUUCGUCGGCGCAGUCAUCGCACCUGAAUCUCCGGUUCUCCUUAUCAAAGCAAACCAACACAACAGGGCUCGACAGUCCCUUGCCGCCCUUCGCCAUCUCGAUAUCGACUCAGACGAAAUAACAGAAUCCAUCAAUGAAAUAACCCACUGGAUCCAAGAACAGUCAUCCACCGGCAAAGUCCACCUGGCAGAGUGUUUCCAAGGCCCCAAUCUCCGCCGCCAACUACUAGGCCUCUGCAUGGGCUUUUUCACAAUCUCUACCGGCGUCACAUUCUGGUUCGGCUACGGGACGACCUUCUUCGAGGCAGCCGGCGUGAAGGAUUCGUAUCUGAUUUCUUUGAUCCUGGCGCUUGUGAACGCUGUUUUCACUGCACCUUCCCCGUAUUUCGUUGAACGGUUCGGUCGUCGCGUCUGUUUGCUCGCUGGGGGUGCGGUUAUGGCGGUUGCCAUGUUGGUUCCGGCUGUCGUGCACUCUGUGGCUGCGGAUAGUCGGGCUGAUCAUAAUGCUCUGGUGGCUGGGGCUGUGAUUUUCAUUGCGGCUUAUGCUCCUUCGUGGGGGACUAUUGGCUGGGUCAUCAUGACAGAACCAUACUCUCAACGCCUCCGUCUUCACCAGUCAACUAUCACCAUGGUCGUUUACUGGAUCUCCACCUGGGCUAUUGGCUUCGUGACUCCUUACAUAGUCGAUGCAACGGCAGGAAGUCUCGGCAUCAAUGUAUGCUAUAUCUGGCUUGCUAUGAUAGCUCUAUCGCUUGGAUGGGCGUUUCUUUUUGUGCCUGAGCUUGCUGGGCUUUCUGUUGCUGAGACCGACAUGCUUUUUGAAGCUGGUGUUCCAGCCUGGCGAUCGGUUACGUGGAAGGCAUCACUUUGUAUUGAUGGAGAGGAUGCAGAUGAAGGCUGUAUGGAUGUUGUGAAUUAUAAGAAAGAUAGAGAAUAA